GCAAAACUCUCUCUCUCUCUCUCUCUCUCGCUUUUUCAUUUUUCGCUUUCUUCCCGUCUUUCUCUCUGCAAAUCAUGCAAAGACAAUCUCUCGGCUCACCGGUCUCCAAGAACCACAGCCAUGGAGCACCCAAGGACUCAGAACCUCACUCCUUGGACGACCCUAAAAGCAAGGACUCCGCAUCCUCGUCUUCUCUGCUGACGGAUUUUGACGACCACCGCCUCAAAUCUACCAGGCCUCGUCGGUUAUCUUCCUCAUUGCCGCAGCUUUCGACGCCGCAGAAGCUCAUCCACCUCAUCCCCGUUCUUACUCUCCUUUGCUUUCUCAUCCUCUACCUUUCCUCUCACAAUCCGUCUCAGUCAGAUUUGUCUCAUUUUACUGGAUUCCAAAGGUCGUCGAAGCAUUUAGAUGCAGAUGCAGCUGCAAAAAUCGGCGAUGUUGGGCGCGGUGUUGAGCUUAGUAGGGACGAUGUUUUAGCGAUCCGUAGCCUCAGAAGCUUGCGAGAGAUUGAUAAACACGCGCCGAAAUUAUCUCGCUCUCACAGAAAAAUCGCCGAUUUCUAGGUCGCUUUCUGGGGUCUUGUAUUUCUCUACUCUACCUCAUCUUCCUUCCUUCUUCCAAAUUCUGGCUUCGCACGUACGAUGCCCAUUAGCACGUGCGAAGUACUGUGCUCUCCUAGUCCCGCACGUGUAAAGUAUUUGCAUGUUAAAUUGUUGUCUUGUGAAAGGUAAAUUGGAGCGCUACGGGCGUGGCGCCUGUUCAGGUUUUUUCAUGUUUUUCCCAGAUUCAGAAGAUAUAUAAUAAUUUUGUGA